UUUAUAUUUAUUUUCAAUUAAAAAUGUCUAAAGCUGGACGCCUCGAGAUCCGAACACGGUUACAGUUUUGAGGAAGCAUCAAGCGCCGAUGAAAGUGCUUAAAUCGGAGGCUGAGAUUAAUGCUGCCAAGAAACGGGGAGAUGCUGUUGACACAAAUAAGAAAUAUUUUGCUGGACAGAAUCGGCAGCACAAAACUGAUAAGAAUACUGCUGUUCUAGAUGCUGAGACGGAGGAGUUACAUCAUGAGAGGGUGACCUUAUCUCUUGGUUUGGCAAUUCAACAGGCACGUCAGGCUAAAGAAUGGACGCAGAAGGCCUUAGCUACAAAAAUUAAUGAGAAGGCUGAGGUUAUUCGUGAAUAUGAAAGUGCCAAAGCUGUUCCCAACCAAGUGAUCUUAGGUAAACUUGAACGUGUCUUAGAGGUUAAGCUUCGUGGUAAAGAGAUCGGUCAGCCUUUGGCGAAAAAAGCGGCGCCUGCUGCGAAGAAAUAA